ACAGGGGGGACAUGAGCGCAGCUGUUUGGCCAGCAGCCUGCUUCAUGUACUGCUUCCCCUUAACCCUGGGGAUACUCGGAAUCCAAAGUCAGACCACCCGCGCCGGCCCCUGGAGCUCCGCGGUGAUUGCUGUCUCAUGAAAUAUUAACGGACCCUCCACCGUCUGCGUUUGAUCAGGGGGUGGCUCUCAGGCCAGAAGGCACCGUGGGGAAGGAGCGCUGGCCGAGUCUGGGCGCACGGCAAGUAGCCAGCUGCAGACGCUGGUGGGUCUCUGCUUCCGUGGCCUGCGGCGGGCACCUGUGGCGUGCCGGGGCGCGGGACUCUGAGAAUGCAGCAGGGGCAGGGCGGGCGCCUCCUCUGGGAGAGAGCCCCGAGCUGGCCGCCGCGCCCCCAGGGCUACCCACUCCGAGGUGCCAGCUGCUUUGGAGGAAGGCCCCGACCACCUACCGAAGUGUCUUGGGAACUCCAUCAAGCGGUGCCCAAUGCAGGGGGUUCUGACACCCUGUGCCUCUGAUGGGCUCUGGCAGCAAGCUGCGCAGGGACCUCCAGCGGGUGGGGUCCUGAGACGGGGGCUCUGGGGGCCGCUCCUUUGUGGGGAGGCAGGGCAGAUAAAGGCCGGGCCCCAGCAGAGGGCAUCAGGGACGGGAGUCUGGGCACUAGGUGGGGUGGUCAGUGAGCCAGCAGAGGUGCAGGGCCCAGGAGUGGCUGGGGGGCCUGGUGGGCCGGUGUCAGGGAAGGAGAGGGCAGUGGCCUUUGGGAGGUGAGGGCACAGUGGGGGUGAUGUGGACCUUCAGGAAAGCUGGGAUCACCUGCUGUUGUUGUCCAUGGGGGCGGGGAGUCAAUCCUUAUCCUUCCCCCAGCCAGGAGGGCUGAGAAGGGGCAGUCCCACCAGGGUGGAGUUAGGACAUCUGUGGGCCCCACAGCCAGCACCUGCCACAGGGGUGCCGUCAGGUCAGAUCUUUUCUGCCCCCUGGGCUCUGCCUUAAGGGGAGUGGUCUCCGGGCUUCGGGGACUUCCUGGAAGACGGUAGCUGCAGGAAUCUCAGCGGAGGAGCGCCCUGAGGUCUGUAGGCCCUCCGUGGUGUGUUUCCAGAACCUUCAGCCUCUCCAGCUGGAGUAAAGGCAUCCUGGGGGAGGGCGGAGGCAGCCCUCACGAUGGAGCCCCCAGCCCUGAGGAAAGCCGGCUCCAAGCAGGAGGAGGGCUUCGGGGUGCCGCCCAGGAGGGUCGCUGACCCGGGCGUGGUCCCCAAUCUCCGGCGCAGUAACAGCAGUCUGUGCAAGGUCAGGAGGUCGCAGAACCUGUUCGGCAACAGUGAGAAGCAAGAAAACCUCAGCUCGUGGAUCCCUGAAAACAUCAAGAAGAAGGAGUGCGUGUACUUCGUGGAGAGCGCCAAGCUGUCGGACGCCGGGAGGGUGGUGUGUGAGUGCGGCUACAUGCGCCAGCAGCACUUGGAGGAGGCCACCAGGCCCCACGCUUCGCAGGGCAAGGACUGGGACCCAAAGAAGCAUGUCCAGGAGAUGCCAACGGAUGCCUUUGGCGACAUUGUUUUCACGGGCCUGGGCCAGAGAGUGGGAAAGUACGUUCGCCUCUCCCAGGACACCCCCCCGGGCGUGAUCUACCACCUCAUGACCCGGUAUUGGGGCCUGGACGUCCCCAGCCUCCUCAUCUCGGUGACGGGCGGGGCCAAGGACUUCAACAUGAAGCCACGGCUCAAGAGUGUCUUCCGAAGAGGCCUGGUCAAGGUGGCCCAGACCACAGGGGCCUGGAUCAUCACCGGCGGCUCCCACACGGGGGUGAUGAAGCAGGUGGGCGAGGCCGUGCGCGACUUCACCCUGAGCAGCAGUCACCACGAGGGAGAGGUCGUCACCAUCGGGGUGGCCACGUGGGGCACCGUGCACAACCGGGAGGACCUGAUCCACCCCUCGGGCGGCUUCCCGGCCGAGUACGUCGUGGAUGAGGAGGGCCAGGGGCACCUGACCUGCCUGGACAGUAACCACUCCCACUUCAUCCUCGUGGACGACGGGACCCACGGCCGCUACGGCGUCGAGAUCCCCCUGCGGACGAGGCUGGAGAGGUUCAUCUCCGAGCAGACAACGGAGAGAGGAGGCGUGGCCAUCAAGAUCCCCAUCGUCUGUGUGGUGCUGGAGGGGGGACCCGGCACGCUGCACACCAUCUACAACGCCAUCACCAAUGGCACCCCCUGCGUGGUCGUGGCGGGCUCGGGCCGCGUGGCCGACGUCCUUGCCCAGGCGGCCGGCCUGCCCAUGUCUGAGGUCACCAUCUCCCGGACCCAGCGGAGCCUGAGCGUGUUCUGCCAGGAGAUGUUCGAGACGCUUCCCGAGAGCAGGGUUGUGGAGUGGACCAAAAAGAUCCAGGACAUCGUGCGGAGGCGGCAGCUGCUGACCAUCUUCCGGGAAGGCAAGGAUGGCCAGCAGGACGUGGACGUGGCCAUCCUGCAGGCCUUGCUGAAAGCCUCCCGCAGCCACGACCACGUCGGCCACGAGAACUGGGACCACCAGCUGAAGCUAGCAGUGGCGUGGGACCGCGUGGACAUCGCCCGCAGCGAGAUCUUCACCGACGAGCGGCAGCGGAAGGCUUCAGAGCUGCACCCCGUGAUGGUGGCCGCCCUCAUCUCCAACAAGCCUGAGUUCGUGAAGCUCUUCCUGGAGAACGGGGUGCGGCUGCAGGAGUUCGUCACGUGGGACACCCUGCUCCACCUGUACCGGAACCUGGACCCCUGCUGCCUGUUCCACAGCAAGCUCCAGCAGGUGCUGGCCGAGGAGCCGGGGCGCCCGGCCCCCACGCCCCCCACGCCCCCCGCGCCCUGCCUGCAGAUGCACCACGUGGCCCAGGUGCUCCGCGAGCUCCUGGGGGACUUCACGCAGCCGCUGUACCCCCGGCCCCGGACCGGCGACCGGCCGCGGCUCCUGCUCCCCGUGCCCAACGUCAAGCUCCACCAGGUGCAGGGAGUGCGUCUCCGGUCCCUCUACAAGCGUUCGCCAGGCCACGUGGCCUUCACCAUGGACCCCGUCCGCGAUCUUCUCAUCUGGGCCGUCGUCCAGAACCGUCGGGAGCUGGCAGAGAUCAUCUGGGCACAGAGCCAGGACUGCAUUGCCGCGGCCUUGGCCUGCAGCAAGAUCCUGAAGGAGCUGUCUAAGGAGGAAGAGGACACGGACAGCUCGGAGGAGAUGCUGGCGCUGGCUGACGAGUACGAACACAGAGCCAUCGGGGUAUUCACCGAGUGCUACCGGAAGGACGAGGACCGAGCUCAGAAGCUGCUCACCCGUGUGUCGGAGGCCUGGGGGAAGACCACCUGCCUGCAGCUGGCCCUGGAGGCCAAGGACAUGAAGUUCGUGUCUCACGGAGGCGUCCAGGCCUUUCUAACCAAGGUGUGGUGGGGCCAGCUCUGCGUGGACAACAGGCUCUGGCGGGUGAUCCUGUGCAUGCUGGCCUUCCCACUGCUCUAUACUGGCCUCAUCUCCUUCAGGGAGAGGAGGCUGCGGGCGGGGCGGGGCCUGCUCCGGGUCCGAGCCUUUUUCAACGCACCCGUGGUCAUCUUCCACCUCAACAUCCUGUCCUACUUCGCCUUCCUGUGCGUGUUCGCCUACGUGCUCAUGGUGGACUUCCAGCCCACACCCUCGUGGUGCGAGUGCCUCAUCUACCUCUGGCUCUUCUCCCUGGUGUGCGAGGAGCUGCGCCAGCUCUUCUCUGACCCUGACGAGUUUGGGCUGAUGAAGAUGGCGCUCCUGUACUUCAGCGACUUCUGGAAUAAACUGGACGUCGGCGCCAUCUUGCUCUUCAUCGCAGGACUGACCUGCAGGCUGAUACCAGGGCUGCUGUACCCCGGACGCAUCAUCCUCUCCCUGGACUUCAUCAUGUUCUGCCUCCGCCUGAUGCACAUCUUCACCAUCAGCAAGACGCUGGGGCCCAAGAUCAUCAUCGUGAAGCGGAUGAUGAAGGACGUCUUCUUCUUCCUCUUCCUGCUGGCGGUGUGGGUGGUGUCCUUCGGGGUGGCCAAGCAGGCCAUCCUCAUCCACAACGAGCGCCGCGUGGACUGGAUCUUCCGCGGGGUGGUCUACCAGUCGUACCUCACCAUCUUCGGCCAGAUGCCGGCCUUCAUCGACGAUGUGCAGCCGGGUCUGUACGCCCUGGACGGACCUCGCUCGGUCACGGAGUGUGAUGCUCUUGACGUGAUGCCGGAUUCGGUCUGCCCGUGUGCUGUGGGAGGUUGUGCACCUGUGUUCAUGCAGGGCAUUGGUGUGAACUUCAGCCUAGACCAGUGCAGCCCCAACGGCACAGACCCCUACAAGCCUAAGUGCCCCGAGAGCGACGCCGUCCGGCAGGAGCCUGCCUUCCCCGAGUGGCUGACGGUCAUCCUGCUCUGCCUGUACCUGCUGUUCACCAACAUCCUGCUGCUGAACCUCCUCAUCGCCAUGUUCAACUACACGUUCCAGCAGGUCCAGGAGCACACGGACCAGAUCUGGAAGUUCCAGCGCCACGACCUGAUAGAGGAGUACCAGGGCAGGCCCCCCGCGCCGCCCCCCUUCAUCGUCCUCAGCCACCUGCAUCUCUUCAUCAAGAGGGUGGUCCUGAAGAUACCCGCCAGGAGGCGCAAGCAGCUCAAGAACAAGCUGGAGAAGAACGAGGAGGCCGCGCUCCUGUCCUGGGAGAUCUACCUGAAAGAGAGCUACCUGCAGAACCAGCAGUACCAGCAGAAGCAGCGGCCUGAGCAGAAGAUUCAAGAUAUUGGCAAUAAGAUCAGCACCGUGGUGGACCUGCUGGAAAUGGAGAGUCUGAAGCGGUCAGGCUCCACGGGGCAGAGACUGGCCUCCCUGGAGGAGCAGGUGGCGCAGAUGUCCAGAGCGCUGCACUGGGUCAUUAAGGCCCUGAGGGACGGAGGCUUCGGCUCAGAGGAGGGCAUCCCGGCCCCGGCCCCCCAGAAGGCCUCAGAGGGGCAGGACCUCGAGCUGGACGGCAGGCAGGAGGAGGAGGAUGUGGGCGACAGCCACCACGUGAACGCCCGGCACCUCCUGUACCCCGACUCCCACGUCACGCGCUUCCCGGUGCCCAACGAGAAGGUGCCCUGGGAGACGGAGUUUCCCAUCUACCAGCCGCCCUUCUACACAGACGACAGGAAGGACAAGGGCUUCGUGGACCCCGCGGGAAGUGCCCGUGAGCCUCCGUCCGGGAUCAGCUACAAUGCCGUGGAUGGACCCACAGACCGGAGGAGUUUCCACGGGGUCUACGCAGUGCAGGACGGGCUCCCUCUGAACCCCAUGGGCCGCACGGGACUGCGCGGGCGCGGAGCCCUGGGUUGCUUUGGACCCAACCACACGCUGCAGCCUGUGAUCACCCGGUGGAGGCGGAACCAGGACGGAGCCAUCUGCAGGAAAAGCAUCAAGAAAAUGCUGGAAGUGCUGGUUGUGAAGCACCCCCUCUCGGAGCACUGGGCCUUGCCAGGGGGCUCCCGGGACCCGGGAGAGAUGCUGCCCCGGAAGCUGAAGCAGGUCCUCCGUAGAGAGUUCUGGUCUUCCUUCCAGAACCUGCUGACGCAGGGCACAGAGGUGUACAAAGGGUAUGUGGACGACCCGAGGAACACAGACAAUGCCUGGAUUGAGACCGUGGCCAUCAGCAUCCACUUCCCAGACCAGAGCGACAUGGAUCUGAAGAGACUGAACUCUCACCUGCAUGCCUGUGACCCCGGGAUGUCCGUCCGAUGGCAGGUCGUGGACAAGCGCAUCCCGCUGUACGCCAACCACAAGACCAUCCUCCGGAAGGUGGCCGCUCUAUACGGGGCCUUCUACUGACCGUGGGCUCGGGUGGGCCCCGGCGCCAGGGGCAGGUGGGCUGGUCCCCCCAGGGUCCCCCCGGGGGCUCGGCCUGCCCGGGGCUCAGGCCACCCAAGGCACGUGCCGCCCUGGACUUCGGACGGGCAAGGGGCUGCCGCUGGGGCACUGCGGGGUGCAGUUUGGGAAUCUGCGGCCUCUCGCGGCCUCGAGUCGCUGACCGGAUGAGCCCGUGAGUUGGAGGGCGUCAGGGCGCCGGGAGGAGAGCCGAGGCAGGGCACGGCCUGGCUCUGGUCACACGGCCGCCCCUCAUGGUUGACGUGGCUCCUGGGAUCCCGCCAGCCGUGGCUGCCCCUGGCGGCCCUGGCCUCAGCCAGAGCGACUCCCUCCUGGUCCCCCACCAGACGUGCACUGGCCCAAGGCCUGCAUUCACUGGACAGGCAGGAGUGUGGCCUUGUCCCCGAGCCCACGCCCCGGAGAUGGCGCCCACCGUGACCUCACUCGGACCCUCACCUGCCCUGGGGCAGGACCCUGUGGGAGCCUCAGUCCACUGCCCUGGCCUCUCAGGCGGGGACCCUUUGUGGGGCAAGAGCCAGGCAAGCACACGCCUCCUCAGGAGGUCAGAGGGUGUCCGCCUCUGUGCCGCCCUGGGGAUCCAUGCACGGCACUCCCUGUGAGCCCAGGGAGGGGUCGGCAGGGGGCCUAGACGGCGGGGCCGCUCUGCUCGGUGUCCGGGACUCACAAGCCAUCGGCAUAAACAGCCAACGGUCAUCGGACCAGGAUAUGGUAAAGGCCCGCCAGCCUGGCCGGCCUCUUCUGUUUCCCGCAGAUAAAGUUACAGCCGUGGGCCACGGGCGGGGGGCUGUCUGGGCCACUGGAACCGCUUCCAGCCCACGGCCCGGCUGCCCGUGGCCCGUGGGCACCCCCCGUGGCAGUCUCCCAUGGGUUCCUGCCCUGCACGCCCCGCAGACUCCUAGCCCAGACUUCAUUUCCCCUCUGGCCCACCCACCCCCACCCCCAGUCUUCGCUGUCCCGGACCCAGCCUCCAGCAUCGGUCCCAGUGCCCGACGGGGACCUGGCGAGCCCGUGCCCAGGUGUGGGGGGCCCUUGGUUUUUUAUCUGGACUCCCAACUAGCAUUUAACGGGCAGCACCAAAUAAAAACAUUUUAGAGUGUGAGGACUCAAAGAAUGUGUUACUCGUGCAGCCUUUCUGAAGGAAUUUCUUUUUUUAAUUUUAAUUUAUUAUUUAUUAAUACAAUUUAUUGUCAAGUUAGUUAA